AGGGACGGGGCAUCCAGACCGUGUGGGACAGAGCAAGAGGCUGAGAAGGAAAUAAUAUCUGCAUCACACCCAAGUCUUGGAGGCAGGACGCUGCGCUCCAUUUACCUUCUUAAGAGCCUGUGACCUGAAGGCUGAGCUCAAGGACACUCCCAGAAAAGUCACUGAAGUUUUCCCUUCGCUUUACCUGUUGAGCUCUGCUCUCCCCUGGUUAUUCCCCAAAAUGGAGCGAUCCACACAAGAACUCUUCCUGAACUUCAUGAUUGUCCUGAUUACUGUAUUGCUCAUGUGGCUCCUCGUGAAGUCUUAUCAGGAGUAAAAGACAAUCAGAAACUCUCGGAGCUGAUUUAAGUAUGUCUCUGCAGACAUAAGUAACAUCCUCAGCACACCUCUGAUUAGCUUUCAGUCAAAUGAGGAUGACAUGAAUUUUUUUACUCUUGCAUUUGUGUUGCCUGUGCUAAUGUUUGUAAUGGGUCUAUAACGGUGUAAUUAUUUCAUUCUGCAGUGAUCCAGCUGUAAACUGUAAAAUGCAAGGUCCUUAGACACUAUUACAUGUGGCUGUCUCCUCUGACAGCUAUUGGGAAUGUUGUAACCCCUCUGCCCACAAAGCCUGCUUCUUUGGUGUCAGUGUUAGGUUUUCUAGAGCAUAAAUCUGUAAUAUGCGAUGUAUCUGUCUUUAUUAACCAGCAUAAAAGACAUAAACUUGCUUAACAGAAAGAAGUGUGAAACCUUUACUUUCACUUGCUCUUGUUUCUCUUAAAUAAAGAAGAACAUGUGAAACCCUG